AUGUUCUUUAGGCGACCCAAGCCGCAGCAGCAGCCUUUCAAAGUCAUCCGUGCCAUUCAGGCUGUUUACAACCGUGGGAACCGGAUUGGAAUUCCUAGAUCCAACGAUCAAAAGGUCCUUGGUUCCGUACGCGUUAUACUCUCAUCCGUGGGCACUCUCUACGUAAUUGGCACUCCCAUCGGGAAUCUGGGGGACCUCACCCUCAGGGCCAGCCGCAUCCUGUCCUCCGUGCCCCUCGUGGCUGCCGAGGACACCCGCGUCACCCGCCGCCUGCUCGCCCAUCUCGACGCGCACCCGCGCCUGCUCAGCUGCCACGAGCACAACUGGAAACGGCAACUACCCCGCCUGCUGGAGGCGCUCGAUGAAGGCGAUGUCGCCCUGGCCACUGACGCGGGCUCUCCGGCCAUCAGCGACCCUGGAGCCGGCCUGGUCGCCGCUGUCGCCGAAGCCGGUCACUCAGUGGUCACCAUCCCCGGCGUCUCCGCCGUCACGGCCGCCCUAUCCACUCUCGUGCUGUUCGAAUCUCCUCACCGGCUUCGGGCGACGCUAACCGACAUCGCCGAUGCUUUGAACGACCCACCCAUUGCGGUGUGUCGUGAGCUCACCAAGCUCCACGAGGAGGUCUGGCGAGGAACCGCCUCCGAUGCCCUGGCCUACUUCGCCGCGCCACGCGGGGAGUUCACCGUCGUCAUCGGUCCGGUCACCCUCGACGCACCGGAUCAGACCGCCAGCCAGGACGAACUGCUGCAAACGGCCCGCCACACACUGGCGGAACACCGCGCCGCCGGCAAACGCGGGCGCGACGCGGUGGCCGAGGUCGUCGCCUCUACCGGCCUCCCGCGCCGCGCCGUCUAUGCCCUGUGGGUUGAAACGGGCAGCUCAGAUUCGGGGAACGCGGGGAAGCGCUAG